AAAAAAUGUCGCUGGAUCUGAGGGCAAAGCAACAGCCAGUACAGUUACUCCAGCUCCAAGUACAGCAGCUACACCACCCCCAGCAACAAGUACAGCAGCUACUCAAACCCCAGCAACAAGUACAGUCGCUACUCAAACCACAGUGAUAAUCACUGCAGCUAAACCAGAGGACCAAUUCGUACCAAUAUCAGUUGCCCCUGUACACAAGAGAAAAAGCAAAACAGAGGCAAGAAGGGUGAAGCAAGAUGAAGAAACAAUGUAUUCACCACCCGGUCCAGCAUCUGAUCAGGAGUCAUCAUCACAUGAUGAAGAAGAAGAAGGAGAGGUGACUUCUUGACCUCAGACCUCAACCGAGCUACGGAAUAUGCGAAAAAAAUUUACCCGUCAACCAGGGGAGCACAUCAUCACCUGGUUGCUCCGAUGCUGGGACAAUGGAGCUGAUGGUCACGAACUAGAAGGUACAGAAGCCAAGCAGUUGGGAUCACUUGCUAGAGAAGGGGGAAUUGACAAAGCAAUUGCAAGAGAGAAAAAGUCCCUCAGUCUUUGGAGGCGGCUCUUGGCAGCUGUCAAAGAAAGGUUUCCAUACAAGGACAAUGUUAUGAGUCGUUCGGCCAAGUGGACUACUAUAGACAAAGGCAUCCAGUCUCUGAGGGAAUCAGCCAUCGUAGAGAUGAUCUAUCACAUCAAGCCGAAUAACGGAGAUAUACCCAUAGAUCCAGAUGAAGUUGAAUGUACACGACCCAUGUGGCGAAAACUUACACGGAAUGCACCAUCAUCAUAUGCCCAUUCAUUGGCAACAGUAACCUGGAAUGACGUAGUACCACUAACAGUGGAUGAAAUGGUUCAUAAACUCCACGAGUUCGAAGACAAUCUCACCCCUUCCAUCAUCUCAGCUGUGGAAAAACUGUCCCAGGAUCUCAAACAACUGAGGGACAAUAUAUCUGACUUAUCCCGCUCCUCACAUGUACCAACACACAUCUCAGCUAUUAACAAAAGGCGUCCUACUGUUCGAGAAAGGAGAUACAAGAGGUAUACGCCACGGGCCACCCUACAGUUUUACCUGUGGGAUCACGGAGAAGAUAUGACGAAGUGGGAUGGAAAACCUACUUCAGUUUUGGAGGAAUGGGUGAGUGAAUUAAAGAGGGGAGCAAGGGCCAAGACUGAUCGUCCCAUGAGAACUACGGCUUCAGUCUCUGGUCCAUGGUGGCUGCCUGCAAAGCUUGUCAAGCCAAACCAUGAGCUGGACAGACAAGUUGAAUUACCCAAUGCCUAG